ACCGCCCAGGCGCGAUUUGCAACGCGGGAAAUACUUGCAAAAAUAGGAGCACACAUUGUAUCCACAUUGACAGUGUGAACACAAUUUUUGUAAAUUCAUUAAUUUUUGUGGCAUAUUUUUUAUAAGGAAUUGUGGCACGGUUUUCUACGUCUUUGGAAAUGAAUCCUAUUUUCACUCCUGAUUGAAUAGCUGAAUUUUGUGGGACACUUUCGGUCUUAUAGCUGCCGAACCCAACUUUUUGCUAAAGUUAGCUUACUUUAUAGCAAAGCUUUUUCUUUAGAUGACAAGUGAUUCCUGAGCAUUGUGAUACAAUUUGAGAUUUGAUCAGCUUUUGACACAUUCGUCUUUCAUCUCAACGAUGGCCGAGAACAAGCAUCCUCAAGUUAUUUUUUGCAACGACUCUCCAAAGAGGGUCCUGGUGUCUGUGAUCAAAACCACCCCGAUCAAGCCCAGGAAGAACGAAUCUCUGAUAGCGACCAGCCCUGGAUUCAGCGACUUCAUGGUGUACCCGUGGAAGUGGGGGGAGAACGCCCAUAAUGUGAGCCUGAGCCCGGGCUCCGUAAACGGGGCUGCCUCCCCUACCGGGACCAACACUGCCAGCGAGGCGGACAUGGGUGCCUCCCCUGACCAGAUGAAGGACAGUAAAGAGGACGCUAUUCGGCGUGGCCGCCCGCGUGCUGACACUGUCCGUGAGUUGAUUAACGAGGGGGAGAGUUCCUCCAGCCGCAUCCGCUGUAACAUCUGCAACCGUGUGUUUCCUAGAGAGAAGUCCCUACAGGCCCACAAGAGAACACACACAGGGGAGAGGCCUUACCCGUGUGACUAUCCUGACUGUGGCAAGGCUUUUGUCCAGAGUGGCCAGCUAAAGACUCACCAGCGCCUUCACACCGGAGAGAAGCCCUUUGUCUGCUCUGAGAAAGCCUGCGGGAGUCGCUUUACCCACGCUAACCGGCACUGCCCAAAGCACCCAUAUGCCCGUUUGAAGAGAGAAGACCCCAAGGACGGACCAAACAAGGCCCAGUCUGUAGACAACAAGGCUGUGGCAGAGUGGCUGGCAAAGUACUGGCACACCCGUGAGCAGCGUGCCCCUGUGCCCACCAAGGGGAAACCCCAGGGCAAAGGCGGGGUGGAGGACCAGGAGCAGCAGGACCCCCGGGAGUUUCUCCAAUCAGAUGAGGAGGAAGAGGAGGAGCCAAUGGAGGAAGAGAAGUGCAACGGGGGUGGGGCUGCCAAACGGAGUCUUCAAGAGCAACGGGAGCGUCUCCAUGGUGCCCUGGCGCUCAUUGAGCUGGCUAACAACCUGUCUGCCUGAAACCCUACCCAUAUCCCAGUGUUGAAACCCUCCCCAGUCACUCCCCUUCUGCCUCCCUGCACAAUGUGUUCUGGGUAAAAGUUGUCUGUAGGGAAACAUCUAGGAUAAGCUUACCCUCCCCAAAUACUUAACCAUUAAUGGGGGGAAAUUCUAAGCGGAACUUAGAUCAGUAUCUGGGGUUCUUCUCCAUGUGCAGUGUGGGGCAGGCACAAGCUAAAAGCACCUUAUCCAGCUUCCAAUUGUAUCCUUAUUAGGCUGCUAAGAUUGUAGAUCACAGGUGGCUGGUGGCACCUUAGUUGGGGAGGACGGGCUCAUAAUAAUGGCUGGAAUGCAAUAAAUGGAACAUUCCAUUCUCUACAUUCCAGCCAUUAUUAUGAGCCUCCCCUCACCAGUCUCCUGUGUUGUAGAUGUCAAUAUAUGAAGAACGUUUCACUUUCCUCUGCCUUCUAAAGACUGGAGGAGAUGACCUUUUAAUGUUUAGUUUGUUUUGUUUGCACUUUGGUGGUAACGAGUUAUUUGUUGUCUUUUACUUUUGACGAUAAAGUAUAUUGUGUGAGUAUGUUUAUAUAAUGGAAGUCUAUGUAGAUUUAGCUCAGAUGGAUGGAGUGAUACAGGGUGCGGUCAGUCAUAGGACAGUUUAGGUGUAUCUAAAUACUGGAAAUUGGAUUCCUCUUCUGAUUCUCUGAUCUGGACUGUGACACGAUAGGUGAAAAAGCAAAUGUGGUGGAAGCCUAUCAGGGGAUUUCGCUUCCACCUGUCUAGUUCUUUCAGAUCAGUGCAGGUGAAGGAGAGUAGAUGAGGGGAGGAAGUGACUGUAGAGACUAUUGAGAUGCAACCCAUUGCAAGCCUAAUCUACAGUAGUGGCUAGCUACAAGCUUUCACAAAAAUUCAAGCUCCAACCCCUUCACCUAUUAAAUGUACAACACCCAGAACUGUAGCUAUAACCCUGGAGGGACAACUCUUGUCCUGGAGAGCCGCAGAGUCAGCAGCCGCAGCUCCAUAUCAGCCCUUAACAAACCUGAUCUAGAUGAUCAUCUUAUCACAGGGAUUUAGACCACAGUUAGUUGGGUCAGGUGUGUUAGAGCUGGGCUGGAACAAAAGCCUGCCCAUGCUAUGGCUGUGCAGGCCUGGCGUUGGCCUUCUCCACUCUAACCAAAUUACAUGGCCAGACAUACGGAAGAGGAGUAUUUAAAGUUAUUAGUGUUGCCACCUUUUAUAUUAAAAGAUGCUGGCUGAUUGGAGAUACGGACUUGUAGCCCCAUUGGUGGUGUAUGUACAAGUCUUCUCUAUAAUCAACAUUUCAUAGGUAUUUAUUUCAUCAUGUUUUUUUGUUAACGAUCUGCUAUCACAAGCUGUCUCCGAGUACUGACAUAUAGUUCCAUUGAAGAAUAUAUUGAUCAUCGCCUCCCUAAAAUGAUUUACUAUCUAUCGACGUCAACUUCUAGCCGUAAGAAUUGUACUCCCCUUUGCAGCAGCACGUGUAUCUACAGUAUCUGCUACUACGUUUUGCAUUUAUGGAUUAAGCUUGCAAUGUAACAUGUUUCCACCUAUUAGACCAGUCUAGAGAAAUGGGACAUGUUUCCACCUAUUAGACCAGUCUAGAGAAAUGGGACAUUUUCCUACAUAAAGGAGGGUGUAAUGAAUGCUUGGCGUUGGCAAUGUUUUAUUAUUUGUUAGCAACACUACAUCUCUUAACAUUGUGUAAAUUGCCAAUUGUUUUUAUAUAUAUGUUUUGGUUGUUUUCAUUAGGUUUGUGCUUCCUGCAACACCCAGAUGCUUUGUUGGCCAUAUGUGAUUAAGUGUUGUAUCCCACUGGGCACAUACUGGUUGAAUCAACGUUGUUUCCAAGGCAUAAAAAAAACACGAUGUUAUGACAUUGAAUCAAUGUGCAAAACUGAUUAGAUUUGGAAAAAGUCAUGAAUGUAAAGGACUUUAGGGAAUAUUUGUCUAUUUCACCCAGCUUUUAACCUAAACGACAUGGUUCAAAUGUUUGUUGAUAUUACGUUUCUUGACAACUCAAUCGAAUAUAAAUCAAAACUAAACUUGGCAACAACAAAAAAUGUCCUCUUACUGUCAAGUGCGUUUAUUUUCAGCAAACUUAACAUGUGCAAAUAUUUCUAUGAACAUAACAAGAUUCAACAAAUGAGCAAACGGAACAAGUUCCACAGACAUGUGACUAACAGAAAUGGAAUAAUGUGUCCCUGAGGGGUCAAAAUCAAAAGUAUCAGUCAGUAUCUGGUGUGGCCACCAGAUGCAUUAGGUACUGCAGUGCAUCUCCUCCUCAUGGACUGCACCAUAUUUGCCAGUUCUUGCUGUGAGAUGUUACCCCACUCUUCCACCAAGGCACCUGCAAGUUCCAGGACAUUUCUGGGGGGGAAUGGCCCUAGCCCUCAUUGUCUGAUCCAACAGGUCUCAGACAUAGUCAAUGGAAUUGAGAUCCGGGCUUUUCGCUGGCCAUGGCAGAACACUGAUAUUCCCUUCUUGCAGGAAAUGCACAGAACGAGCAGUAUGGCUGGUGGCAUUGACAUGCUGGAGGGUCAUGUCAGGAUGAGUCGGCAGGAAGGGUACCACACGAGGGAGGAGGAUGUCUUCCCUGUAAUGUACAGUAUUAAGAUUGCCUGCAAUGACAACAAGCUCAGUCCGAUGAUGCUGUGACACACCGCCCCAGACCAUGACGGACCCUCCACCUCCAAAUCGAUCUUGCUCCAGAGUACAGGCCUCGGUGAAAAGCUUAUUCCUUCGACGAUAAACGCAAAUCCGACCAUUAUCCCUGGUGAGACAAAACUGUGACUUGUCAGUGAAGAGCACUUUUUGACAGUCCUGUCUGGUCCAGCGACAAUGGGUUUGUGCUCAUGUGUGACAUUGUUGCCGGUAAUGUCAGGUGAGGACCUACCUUACAACAGGCCUACAAGCCCUCAGUCCAGCCUCUCUGUCUAUUGCGGACAGUCUGAGCACUGAUGGAGGGAUUGUGCGUUCCUGGUGUAACUUGGGCAGUUGUUGCCAUCCUGUACCUGUCCCGCAGGUGUGAUGUUCGGAUGGACUGAUCCUGUGCAGGUGUUUGACACGUGGUCUGCCGCUGCGAGGACGAUCAUCUGUCCAGCCUGUCUCCCUGUAGUGCUGUCUUAGGCCUCUCAGUACAGACAUUGAAAUGUAUUGCCCUGGCCACAUCUGUAGUCCUCAUGCCUCCUUGCAGCAUGCCUAAGGCACGUUCACGCAGAUGAGCAGGGACCCUGGGCAUCAGUCCUUUGGUGUUUUUCAGGGUCAGUUGGAAGGCUUCUUUAGUGUCCUAAGUUUUCAUAACUGACCUUAAGCUGUUAGUGUCUUAAUGACCGUUCCACAGGUGCAUGUUCAUUAAUUGUUUAUGGUUCGUUGAACAAGCAUGUGAAACAGUGUUUAAACCCUUUACAAGAAGAUCUGUGAAGUUAUUUGGAUCUUUACAAAUUCUCUUUGAAAGACGGGGUCCUGAAAAGAGGACAUUUAUUUUUUUGCCGAGUUUAGAUGUUAAAUUGACGUCUGUGUCCAGUGGGAUGACAUGUCCAAUACAUUUUUUUGAUAGAACACAGGUUAAACUGGAACUUAGUUAAUAAUCAAAACAACCCAAGUGUAGUGUAUAUAUCUUGAUGUAUUUUGAACACUUUGUUGAUUAUUUGGUUAAAAAGUUAAGUUUUGGCAGUUAAUAUAUUCUACAACUUGUUUGUUUGAAAAAGAGAAAACAAAUCUCAUGCACACAAUCUACAGUACAAGAGCUUUGAAGUUGAUGUUUAAAUUAUUAUGAAAUUCAUUCUCCCUCCCACCAUGUUAACAGACCAUAGCAUUGUGCGUUUUAGGCCUUGAUAUGAAAUGUUCUGACUUGCUUUGUAGAGAUGACAUUGUUGAUGUUUAAAACAGUUUCUCUUUAUAGGCAGUCCACACUGUUGGUACUUGUUGGUCUUAAAUAAACACCAUCAAUGAUCAUGAUCCAGGAGACAGGUUCAUUCCUUCUAGUUUAUUGCUAUGCUAAUGGUUGGUAAGAGCUUCAUCAUCACUACACUGCAGUUCAGUUGUCCUUGAACAUACAGCUCAAUACACUACAGUAUAUCUCUCAGUACACACAUUGGUUUCACGGGUUGCUUAGUAACCACUAGUGGCCAUUGCCAUU